AUGCACCUCACUGGCCUGGAAUAUCCACAGGAGAAGCUGCCGUUGGAUCGUGCACUUGAUGUCGGCUGCGGCAGUGGACAGAACACCCGCUGUCUGGCAACCCAUUUCCGUUCCGUACUAGCCACGGACAUAAGCCUGGCACAGAUCAAGGAGGCGACUGUGAGAAAUACCUUUGCGAAUAUCGAAUACCAGGUAUCUGCCGCCGAGGAGAUGCCGAUGCCCGCCGAGUCCGUGCAGCUGGUCACCGCCUGCACGUGCUGUCACUAUUUUGACAUGCCCCGCUUCUUCGCGGAGGCAGACCGCGUGUUAGCGCCAGACGGAAUUAUUGCUAUCUACAGCCUCAGCACGCCCAAGGUGUACCACAACGGUGUGUUUGCGACCGAGCUUAAUCGCAUUUGGAUGGAGGCUCGUGAGACCAUUGGCAGGGAUUGGGGUCACAUCCGGAAGGACGUGGAGGACCGGUACAGCGACCCACGCUACCAGCUCCCCUACCCGGGUGAGGUCAGGGACGAGAGUCACUACCAGGAGCAGACGCUGACGCUGGACGGCCUGCUGGGCUUCAUCAGAACGUUGAGUUCCUUCCAAACUAUGGUGAACCGCUGCGGCGCCGAGCGAGGCGAGACCUUCCUGCAACAGACAAGGGAGCGAUUCCAUGCUGUGUUCUCCAACGGCGAGCCGGAAGUUGAAGUUGAAGUUGACGACGUUGCUAUCACCCUUCGGUUUCCCUACUUCCUGCUAAUGGCGCGCAAGCCGGUGUCGCCCUGA